AUGCCGCGCCUCAUCAGCGCUCGCGCGCUCGUCCUGGCGCUCGCGCUGUGCGCGCUGUGCAGCGCUCCCGGUCUCGCGCGCGCCGACGCCGGUCCCUCCGUCGACUUUUCGCACGUGCGCGACUUUAUUCGCGCGAAGGGCGCGUCCUCCACCGCGUCCGGGGCGGACGGCAGCGUCGGCCUCAUGGACGCGCUGUUCGCUUCCGACGCGCUGGUCGCCGCGCGCGCUGGCGGCCGCGCGCGGGGCGGCGCGGCCGCGAGCGCGGCGAACGCCGCCGGCCGCCGGCGCCUCCUCGGCGGAGCGAACCCCGAGACGGGCGCGGCGGGCGACGAACCCGAGGCGACGAACGCGGACGCGGACGCGGACGCGGACGCGACGGACGCGACGGACACGACGGAGACGUCGCGCAACUUCCUCGCGAACGCGCUGCUGCUCAACCGCCUCCGCGCGUCCCUCGCGCGCGAUGACGACGCCGCCGCCGCGACCGACGGCGGCGGCGACGCGGCGCAGACGGGCGUCGCCGCCGCCGCGCUCGCGGCGGCGCUUCGAAGCUACGCCCCCGCGGCGACGGUGUUCGGCGGCGUCCUUCGCGACAUCGCGGCGCGUCGCGAGACUGCGCUGACGCCGCCGCCGCCGGCGGCGGCGGAUUCGACCGUGACCGCGAGCGACGCGGUUGAUUCGACCGUGACCGCGACCGGCACCGCGUUCGACGCCGCGCGCCGAGCCGCCGCCGCGCGCGCGAUGGAGUUUCUUCUCAACGCGACGGGGGACGGCGCGCUCGCCACCGUCGCCGCCAUGUCCGCGCCAGGGUCCUCCGACGGCAACGGCACGUCCACGGCGACCGCUGCCGAGCUCGCGGCCGCGCUCGACGCGUGGACCGCCGCGCUCGACCUCGGCUCCGUCGACGUCGCGGCCGCGAUCGACGCCGCGAUCGACGCGGGGGUGGAAGGGAUGCGGACGUCCGUCGCCGCCGACGCGGACGCCGCCGCCGCGUACGAAGCCCUGUUCGCGUCGUCGCUCGAGGCCGCGGGAGCGUUCAUUCAGGGGCAGUUCAACGCGUCGUUAUCAUCGAACGCGGAAGGCGGCGGCGGCGGCGGCGGCGGCGAUGGCACGAACUCGAGCGCGCUGACGGGGCAGUCGUUUAACGACCUCCUCGGCGCCGCGAUCGAGAUGGCGCAGCGAAACGCGUUGGAAUUCGUCAACCUCGGCGUGACGCCCGACGGCGACGGCGUCGACGAUUUAUCCCCGGAAAACGCGGUCGCGCUCCUCGAUCGCGUCACGGAAGUCCUCGCGCUCGCGCGCGGGGAGUUUACGAGCGCGCUGGAGGGAUCGAACGCGACGGAUCCCGCGGGUAUCGCCGGGAUCCCGUUCGACGGCGCCGCCGCCGGCGCCGACGGCUACCUCUCCUACGCGGAACUCAUGCGCAUGAUCGGCGACGUCACCGGGCUCCCGGUCACCGAGGACGGCAGCGGCGGCGUCGCGCUCACGGCGACGGACGACACGUCCUGGCUCGAGCAAAACUUCGCGGUGUUCGGGGACGACCCGCUCGGACUGUUCAACUUUUCGUCGCUCGACGACGGCGGCGUCGCCGCGUUGUCCGGCCCGCCGUCGCCGACGGAGACGGAAGACGAAUCGUCCACCGAAGACACCGCGCCCUCGAAGAGCGAGAAGAAGGACCUUUUGGAUAGCGGCAACCUCACGAUGGAGGCGAUCCUCCUGCGCGCGACGAUCGUCCUCGCCGCGUGUGUCGUCCUGUGCGGCUGCUGCGUGCUCUGCAAACGCGCCGCGAGUUGCCGCCGCGACGUCGACGGGAACUCGCGCUCGCGUCGAAUGACGUCCACGAACGACAUGCGCGCCGCGGCGGCCGCGGACGCCGCCGCGAACGGCACGGAGACCGGAGAUGCGAACGCGAAUCGCGUCACGCGGACGGAGACGUCGACGAAGAUCGACCUCUCGGACGCGACCGGCGGCGGCGGCGGCGGCGGCGAGACGCUCGAGUCGUUUCCGCUCGGGAGAGGCCGCGGCGUCACGGCGGACGACACCGGGGAGAUUCGCCUCGCGCUCGGGAAGAUCGAGACGAAGGUGGACGCACUCGGGAAGAAGGCGAGAGACGCGGCGAACGGCGUGGACAACCGCGCGUGA